CAGCGGGUCGACGCCGGACCCAAGUUUUGUUAUCAACAAUUAAUAUUGUUGUUGAUUGAUAAUUAUCAUAUCCGUCAUGUUGGACGACGACGACCACCACCACCACCACCAGAAAAAGGUUGGUCGCGUCCGGGAUCUUUUGAUAUAACAUAAAUUGUAAUAUUAUUAUUUUUGAUAGCGUUUUUUUCGUUUUUUCCGACAUAACUAUUAGCCACCGCAGCGGCUACUGUAGUGUUUGCCGUUUGAAAUUUUUUUUUUUCAAAAAUCCCGUCCCGUCUUAAACGAUAACCGCCGACGUCAAAAUCGGUGUCUAGUUUUUUCCGAAAACAGUACAUUGUGGCCUCGUGAACAUAACAUGUAACCGUUGGACGGCCACUGCCACUGUUUGACUUGGGACCGGACGGUCUAGUCGUACUGUUGUCGUAUUGUCAUCGCGGCUGGACAUCGUCGACGAAUGAUGAAAAUGAACGACGAGACACCCGUCAGUUCUUUAAUCCUUCCGGUCCUCAUCAGACCGAUUUUGUCGCAGUUGGAGAAGCAUAAUGUUUCGGCCUCGCAAACGCUAAGGUCGGCACUAUUCAAAACCGAAAAUGCUCAUCCAGGGUUUGCGUACAAUUUGGUUGCCGGUAUAAUGAAAAAAAGUGAUAUUAGCAUAAAUAUGAACGAGAGUAUUCUGAGGCUCCAAGGCUCGGUGUCGGAUCACGAUGGUGGAGAAUAUCGGCUGAACAGAUCCGAAGAUGCUUUUCAAGAACUCAACAAAAAAUCAAUGGCUCUAAAAAGGAUUUUAAGUCGCAUUCCAGAUGAAAUAACUGACCGCAAAACCUUUUUGGAGACAAUUAAAGAGAUAGCUAGUGCAAUAAAAAAAUUACUCGACGCUGUAAACGAAGUGUCUGGCUACAUACCUGGACCCAGUAAUAAACAAGCGUUAGAACAGCGAAAACGUGAAUUUGUCAAAUAUUCCAAACGGUUCAGUAAUACGCUUAAAGAUUACUUCAAAGAAGGACAUGCCAAUGCAGUAUUCAUUAGUGCCUUAUAUUUAAUUCACCAAACCAACCAAAUCAUGGUGACAGUAAAAAGCAAAUGUGAAUGAAAUUGGUUUUGCUGUUUCAAAAUAAACGUCGUCGUAGUUAGUCGUCGUUAUAGAAUAUAUUAAUAUUAUUAUUAUUACUAUUAUUUCAAUUAUUAUCAUCAACAUCAAUAUUAUAUAAUAUUAACACAAUACAUUCCACUACCAACUAUUAUUAUUAAAUAAUUAUUGUUCUUUUAUAAUAAAAAAAUAAAAAAAUAUUAAUGUUAUGUAGUUUUAAAACUAAUUUAAAUCGAUCGAAUUAUGAUAUAAUUUAUAAAAAUAUUACAAAUAGAAAAAAUAAAACAAAUUAUUAGUAUCUAUUUUACGGGGAAGCAAUCACUAUAGUAUAUUAUUGUACAAUAAUAAAAAUAAAACAAAUACCCGUUUAUGUAAACUUUACUUUGACGUUUUCUUGUUUUAUUUUUAGAAACAAUUUUGUUUAAAUUAAUAUACUAUGUUUUUUGCACACAAAUUUAGCCAAAUUAAUUGAAAAGAUAAUUUUUUGUUUCAUUAUUAUUAAUAAUUGUAGUACACGAUAAGCAUGAUGGAAGAAUAUAAUAUUACCUACAUAGAACAACAUUUUAAUAUUUCUUAAAUAAAACAAACUAAUUGUAAUAAUUACUCGCUUUUCGAAGUGUUUAUAUAGAAACUAUACACAUUUCGUGUAUCUCACCAUGACCGUGUAAUUUCAUUGACGUAGUUGUAUUAUAAUAUUAUAUAAAUAUUUUUUUUUUUUAAAUGUUGUUAAAUUGUUAAGCUAAUGCGUAUCGUUGUUUUCGUCAAUUUUCGUACAGUAUUAUAAUGUAAUAAAUAGUAAAAAUAUAUAUACAUAUAUAUCCAGUAAACGUGAUUACUUAUAAUACAUAUUUACACUUGUGCGUGUUUAUAUAUAUAUAUAUAUAUAUGUGUGUGUAUAAAUAACACAGUAACUUGUAAAAUAAUAUAUUAUUGUAAUGGACUGAGAGCCAUAUGUAGUUAUCGUAUGCCGAUAAACAUAUAUUAGGUAUAUUAAUUAUUACCAUGAUUUUAAAUGUUAUUACACAUUCAUUUAUAAUAUGUAUCAUCAUCAUUAUUAUAAUGUUUAGACUUGUGUAAAAUUCUAUUUUUUUAAAACUUAAACGGAUCGUUGUUAAUUUAAAUUUGUA